AUCUCUCUCUCUGCUGCCUCUCUCUCUCUCUCUCUCUCUCUCUCUCUCUCUCUCUGUGUGUGUUAUGUAUAAAACUCCAAUUCACAAACCGAUCAGAAACCGAGAGCUCUCCCUCUCUCUCUCCGAGCUGAGUUAGGGUUUUGGGUUUCAGAGAUCGGAAAAUGUCUCAGACCGGGAAAUUGAUGCCAAAUCUGGACCAGAACAGCACCAAAUUACUCAACCUCACUGUGCUUCAGAGAAUAGAUCCCUACAUUGAGGAGAUCCUAAUCACCGCCGCGCACGUCACCUUCUACGAAUUCAAUAUUGAUCUCAACCAAUGGAGUCGCAAGGACGUUGAGGGCUCUCUGUUCGUGGUCAAGAGGAACACUCAGCCGCGGUUCCAGUUCAUUGUUAUGAACAGGCGAAAUACAGAUAAUCUUGUGGAGAAUCUCCUGGGUGAUUUUGAGUAUGAGGUUCAGGUUCCAUAUCUGUUGUAUAGAAAUGCUGCCCAAGAAGUUAAUGGAAUUUGGUUCUACAAUUCCCGCGAGUGUGAGGAAGUUGCAAACCUCUUUAAUAGGAUACUCAGUGCAUACUCAAAGGUGCCUCCAAAGCCAAAAUCUUCUAGUAAAAGUGAGUUUGAAGAACUUGAAGCAGUCCCAACCACUGCAGUGAUUGAAGGGCCACUGGAACCGCCACUCACUGCUCCUGCUUCUACUGGGGUUGCUGAAGAUUCUUCCUUUGUGAACUUCUUCAGUACAGCCAUGAACAUCGGACAUGGUGCUCCAGGUGUGGUAAACUCUGGAUAUCCGACAUCAUCUAGUGUUCCUGCAUCUCGUGUUCCUAGUUUUUCUCCCUCUCCUGUUCCAACUCCUCAAGUUCCAUCUGUUCCCGCUCCUCCAUUGGCUUCAUCCACCACUCCUGUCCCCCUCCAGGACACCCCUGACCCAACCAAGAAUAGCAAUUGGGUUGCCAAUCUUAUCAAGCCAUCUUCCUUCUUCACUCCACCUUCGUCUGCUUUGAUGAAUCCACCUAUCUCCUCGCCGCUGCCUUCUGCUCUUCACCCUCCAUUGAAUCUGCAACGCCACCAUGGUGCUCCAAUUCUUCAACCCUUUCCACCUCCGGCACCACCUCCAUCACUAACUCCCGCAACCACUACUGCUCCAAACUAUGGACUACCUAAUAGAGAGAAAGUUCGCGAUGCACUUCUAAUGCUUGCUCAGGACGAUAAGUUCAUCGACAUGAUCCACCAAGCAUUGCUGAAAAUGCAUCAAUCAUGAAUAAUAUAAGAAGAGGCAAUUAGAGUGCUCUGUAAAUGUGUUGCAUUGCAGAUCAAGACGCAUGUAAGGUGGUAUUUGUAUAGCCUGGUUUUGUGGGUUUUGUUGGUAAUAGUGGCUAGCUAGCUAGUAUGGACUGCACUUCGCCCGCUCGGAUCUAUAUUUCUAGAUGCUCCUUUCUUCUCUGAACGCAGUUGUGUUAGUCUAAUGUGUGCCUGUGGACUUUUAUUUGAGGAAGCAAUGUAUAAACUGACAUUUGGUCCCAUGAUCUUUGCUCUCGCUCUCAGCCAUCCGCUCUACCAAAGUGUCCAUGCUUUUGGCUUCAUCACAAUUUAAGUCGACUCGAUCCAACCAUUUCAAGUUGCAUCCAAGUCCUUUUUGGGGGUGGGUUCAUGUUGCGAUCAUAAUGCCAACAUGUGUAAAGCAUUAAUGUAACUGAUUCAGUGUCAGAAUGUUACAGUGAUUUGAGUUAUAAUAGAAGAAAAUUUCAGGUUAAAGAAAUGUGAUGGGUUGAAGUGUACGGAAAUAUUAUAUUAUUUGGACACUGAGAGGACUGAUAUUUGGUGUGAUCUUUUUGUAUUUGUGCAUUGUAUUGUAUGUUAAAAGAGCAACAAUUAAUAGUUUUAACACCUUUU